AUGAAGUCAGCUCCACAGUUUGGGUUUCUCUUACUUUUUCUGUCUUUUCAUGUGGGAAAAGGAAUUGAAACCUUCGAAAAGGUUAAUUCCAAGGAGCUUCGACUGGAUGACGAGAAUCAAUCCUGUCCAGAUACUUUCUACUUUAAUGAAACAAUCCAAACCUGCAUUUCUACAGACAUUACCAACUGUACUAAUUACCAGAUUGGUAAAUGCCCCAUAACUACUGAUGUGGAUGAGUAUUGUUUGUGCCUAAAUAAAUACCUUCAGAUCUGGAAAUGUCCCGAAGGAACCUACUUUGAUUCCAAUCGAUUGAUUUGUAGAAUUGGAACAGUGGAGUGCCAGGAGGAUUACAAUCCAUUUGUGUGUCCUACAGAUAUUUAUAACUCUACUAACGAUACCUUUUGCCUCUGCAUCGAUGGAAAAUUGCAUCAGAAUUACUGUCCAACGGGAUCUAUCUUUAAUACCGAUCAAAAACUUUGCUUGAAGACCGGAACUGAUGACGAUGAUAUACCCGAUUCGAAACCCUCUUCUGAAAAAUGUCAGAGAUAUGGGUUAUUUGGGGAUCCUUCGGACUGCGCAGGAUACUAUCACUGCCGAGAUAAGGGCAGUGAUAUUCAGCAUUCCAAAUGCUCUGGAGGAACCAUUUUCAGUUUGACUUCUUUUGGCUGCGUUGCAGGAACUUGUUGA